UGGCUGCGCCGUGUGCGGAGGAUUGACAGUAAUUUUCUGACGAAUAAUCGUAUGUUACGACUUACGGUGAUAAUCUGACAACGCGUUCUGCCGUUUCGCAAUGUCCGCAAAUUACUAUUUCGCUAUCGUUGGCCAUGCCGAUAAUCCGCUAUUCGAGAUAGAAUUUAAUAAUGCUGGAAAAGACGCAAAGAAGGAGGAUCACUCGCAUUUGAAUCAAUUUAUCGCCCACGCGGCGCUCGAUCUUGUUGACGAGCACACGUGGAAAACGACGAACAUGCAUCUGAAAGUUGUGGAUAAAUUUAACCAGUGGUUUGUUAGCGCGUUUGUGACGGCAACCCAUAUCAGAUUCGUCAUGGUGCACGACAGCAAGAAUGAAGACGGGAUCAAGAACUUUUUUAAUGAAAUGUAUGAGACUUACAUAAAGUAUUCAAUGAAUCCAUUUUAUAAGCUAAACACUCCUAUCAAAUCUGUAGGAUUUGAGAAAAAGGCACAGUUAUACGGUAGAAAAUAUUUAUCUUCGUGAACGUAAUGAUUGCUGUUAGUAAAAGUAA